AUGUUAGGACCGUUGACUCUCGCUGUUGCAUUGCCUUUGCUACCGGCAGCAAAUGCUCUGGUGAGGGAAGAUGAUGUUGGCAGAUUACCUGCUCUAGGGUGGAAUUCCUGGAAUGCAUUCGGAUGCGAAAUUGAUUCUAAGAAGAUCGUUACCGCAGCCAAUGAGGUCGUCAAUCUUGGACUGAAGGAUCUAGGUUAUGAAUACGUGAACAUCGAUGACUGCUGGAGCAUUAAGAACAAACGCGAUGAGAGCACAAAGCGAAUUAUUCCAGAUCCAACCAAGUUUCCCGAUGCAGUUAGUACCAGUCAUCUUCUGCUUAUGUUCUGGUCAAAAGUCUCUAAUAUCUGCAAGGCGCUGGUGAGACUACCUGCGCUGAAUAUCCCGCCAGUCUGGGGUACGAGAAAGUCGAUGCGCAAUCGUUUGCCGAAUGGGGAAUUGACUGUAGGUCUUAUACAUUCCUUGUGGAUCUGUUUCUACCAGAUACUGAAAUUAGCAGACCUCAAAUAUGACAAUUGCGGAGUCCCCAGUGACUGGGAAGAUGCAUAUAAUGACUGCGUCCCUGAUCAAGGGAACUUCCCUAAUGGCACCUGCCCCGAUCUCGCCAAGCCUGCCCCAGAAGGAUAUGACUGGAAAACGUCCAAGACAUACCAGCGUUACACUGCAAUGCGCGAUGCACUUCUCAAUGUUGACCGCACAAUCUUCUAUUCCCUUUGUGACUGGGGUUAUGCUGGUGUGAAUUCCUGGGGCAAUCAAACCGGAAACUCGUGGCGCAUGUCACUUGAUAUCACCCCGGAUUGGGCUCGUAUUGCCGAGAUUGCCAAUGAGAAUAGCUUCUUGAUGAACUACGCCAAUUUCUGGGGCUAUCCCGACCCGGACAUGUUGGAAGUUGGUAAUGGAGAUCUUACAAUCGAGGAAAAUAGGGCGCACUUUGCACUUUGGGCUAUUAUGAAGUCCCCUCUGAUUAUUGGCACCGAACUCGAUUCCAUCAAGGAUGACCAUUUGGCUAUACUGAAGAACAAGUAUCUCCUGGACUUCAACCAGGACCCUGUCAUUGGCACUCCUGCGCAUCCUUAUAAGUGGGGGUACAACUCCGACUGGACUUUCGAUCCGGUUCAUCCAGCAGAAUAUUGGUCCGGUCCGUCGUCCACUUUAGAGGGUACUUUGGUGCUUAUGCUGAACUCCGAGGAUGCUACAUCUACUCGCACUGCAAAAUGGAGCGACAUUCCCGAGCUUAAGAGUCACGAUGCAUAUAAGGUCAUUGAUGCUUGGACUGGCAAGGAUCUGGGAUGUGUAAAGUCGGAGUAUAGCGCUUCACUGAAGAGUCAUGACGCAGCUGUGUUGGUGGUCAAGGGACAGUGCUAG